AUGCUUGAAAUCGAUCGAAUUCUUGCCGUUGGAUGGGACCGCCGGAUACAUCUGUUUUCAGACACAGCCUCCUUGCCGACUGGUUUUCAGCGAACUAUCCAGUACCCCCAGGCCAAGUGGUAUGACGACCUGGUAAAUGGGCACCAGGAAGAUAUUUUGUCACUAGCCGUCAGCUCGACUAAUCUGCUGGCAACCGGUGACUACGCUGGACAGAUCAUUGUUUGGAAUAUGGUCAGCGGUCACAUCUUCUGCCGAUUGAAGAGCUCAAGCCAGUUCAUGGUAAAACCAAGGGGUCAGCAAAAUAAGCAAAAAUGGGAGGGUGAGGACAGGGAAGAGAUGGGAUUAGAAAAAGGGAAGCAGAGGAGCACAGAGGUAGAAGACGAAGGAGAAGAUUGGUACGGUGAUAUUUACAGAAACAAUGAAUUCGGGAGCGACGAGGUUAAGAACAAUGAGACUUAUGCCGACAAGAGGAUCGCAGACAGCCGGUCUUCAAGAAUGAGCAAAAGUGCUUGGCAGUCCUCAAAUUCGACUGCUUCAAGCCAAAACUUUCAGGCCUUGCCGACUCCUCCUAUCGCCAAUACGGAUUCUUUGCUUGAACCGAACUGCCACAUGCUGAACGAAAUAAGCAGUUCAAGAACGAGACCAGCUGGGGGAAGGGAUGCUGCAUCUAGCAUCAAUCACAAGGAAGAUUGCGAAAGGAAAAUGGAAGUACGACAAAGAUGCAGACCCCACUCUGUUUGUCAGCCAGGCCACUUAGGGUCGUCUGCCAAAAAUAAUAAGAAAUCUCUAGAAUCUUCUAUAAGAGGAUUUUCACACAGCGAAAGGACUUGCUGCGCAGUAGGAAGAACAAAGUCAGCCAGGUCAAGAGCGGCAGAAACACGUAAGUGA